UCUCCACUCAUCGAUUCAAUUAGUCUCCCUUUCUUCGCGACAUCUCUCCGUCGUCGACGAUUCUUUCCUGCCUUGCAAGAAUCACGGCGAGCUUCUGCUUCUUCUCCUUCUCCUUCUCCUUCUUCGGAUUCCAAGACGCUGCAGAUUAGUUCAGAAUUUAGAGAAUUUGGCCAAUUUCAGUCGGUAGGGCUCAUCGGUUUCAGCUGGUAGGGCUCAUCGGUUUCAGCUCAACUGCAGGACGGUGCUCAGAUUGGUUCAUUUAGUUUGGAACUGGUAAUAUUUGUGUGGGAUGGGACAAUUAUUGUGCGUUGAAGCUCCCAAUUUUUAUGGGAGUCUUAUCCGUUUAAAUCUGAAUGACUCUAAAUAAAAAGCCUUGAACCGUUCGUUCUGUUCACAAUGCCACUUUCAUAACCCAGAAGCAGUACGAGAGUCGCCCUUAUGACUUUCUUAAUACUUACACGCUGCUCCAGUAAUUCUUAAUUGUUACGGGCCUGUUGCUUUCUCCUAAUUAUGGAGAUGAUUUGACCCCUGGACUUCUCCAUUUCUCUCUCUCUCCGCAAUCUUGGCCCGAUCUCAAUUUCAUUUCUCUAUUGUAUGCAGCGAACUUCACAGCCCUUAUAUUUGUCAUUCAAAAACACUUGCCAUACUCAGUUCACAGUCCUACUAUUGUUAUCGCUACUCUUCUUUCACAGUGUGACUCCCUUGAGUCUUAUCUCAUGACACUAUCUAAAUUGUGAAUCAUGCUCUUCUAAUCCUUGUGGCCUUUUAUUGGUUUCCUCUUCUCAACAUGCAUUUUCUUCUACCCAUGAAUUCUUCUGCCCCCCAUGCCUUCUUCACAAUUGCCUUGCAACCUUUUCUAGUUAGAUACAUAAGAUGCCAAGGACAAAGGGGAUUGCAUCUUCUGCUGCUAAACCUGUUGAACCUGAAAAGCCAGCCGAUUCUGAUGAGAAGGUUGAUUUUGAUGAAGAAAAUGAUCCGGAGGAGGAGGAAGUUGAGUAUGAGGAAGUAGAAGAGGAGGAGGAGGAGGAAGAGGAAGUUGAGGAGAUAGAAGAAGAGGUGGAGGUAGAAGAGGAGGUUGAAGUUGAAGAGGAGGAGGAGGAAGAAGAUGAUGAUGUUGAUACAUCUGAUGGAGCUGGUGGCCGGAAAAUCCUCAAAGGCUAUGAGGCGAUUGUUGUCGACGAGGAAGAGAGGAAAAAACUUGAAGAGGUCCUUGCACGUCCGCCACAUGGUUCUGAAGUCUAUAUUGGUACAAUCCCUCAAGAUACAUCUGAACAGGAAUUGAGAACUUUUUGUGAGUCUAUAGGAGUAGUUACCGAGGUUCGUAUAAUGAAAGGAAAAGAUUCUGCUGAAAACAAGGGCUUUGCAUUUGUGACUUUUACAAGUGUAGAACUGGCUUCUAAAGCGAUCGAGGAAUUGAAUGGUACUGAAUUUAAGAGUAAAAAGAUCAGAUGUUCAACAUCUCAAGCAAAGCAUCGUCUGUUCAUUGGCAACAUUCCCAGAAACUGGAGUGAUGAAGAUCUAACGAAAGCUGUGAAGCAGGUUGGACCUGGUGUUACUGCCGUGGAGUUGGUGAAGGAUUUGAAAAACACGAGCAAUAAUCGUGGCUUUGCAUUUAUUGAUUACUACAACAAUGCAUGUGCUGAAUACUCCAGGCAGAAGAUGAUGAGUCCAUCUUUCAAACUCGAUAGUAACUCUCCCACAGUGAGCUGGGCUGACCCUAGAAAUGCUGAUUCCAGUGCUUCUUCACAGGUUAAGGCAGUAUAUGUGAAACAUCUACCAAAACAUGUGACCCAAGAUCAGCUAAAGAAGCUAUUUGAGCGACACGGGACAAUAACUAAGAUCGUUCUUCCACCGGCAAAGGCAGGACAAGAGAGAAACAGGAUAGGGUUUGUCCAUUUUGCAGAGAGAGCAACUGCCAUGAAAGCACUGAAGAACACAGAGAAAUAUGAACUAGAUGGGCAAGUCCUGGAGUGUUCCCUUGCAAAACCGCAGGCAGACCAGAAGUCUGCUGCAGGGCCUGCUUCACAAAAGGCAGGGCUUCUUCCGAGUUACCCACUCCGAGUUGGUUAUGGCAUGCCUGGUGGGCCCUUCGGUGCUCUGGCCCCAGGCUUUGCUCCGACAGGCUUUGCACAACCAAUGAUCUAUGGUAGGGGACCCACUCCGGCGGGCAUGGCGAUGAUGCCAAUGCUUUUACCCGACGGAAGAAUCGGAUAUGUCUUGCAACAACCUGGAGGUCCGCCUCAUAUGCCACCACCUCCACAUGGAAGAGGCGGUAGCAGGGGCGGUGGCAUUGGUGGCAAAAGUGCUGGCAGCAUGAGCCAGGGAAGGCACAGCGCCGAUAGCAGCCAGGGGCGCCGAUAUCGUCCAUACUGAUAACUUAUUCACAUCACAUAAGUGCGAGUGCAUUUUUUUUUCGUUCUGCCUCAGCCAAAGUCCAAGCACUUAGGAUUGUCUAUCAACUGAAUUGUAACACUAGUAGCGUGAUUAUAUAUAUCUGCUGAAGCAGGGGCAUCUGUUUAGUCUGUAUCGUCUUGUUUGCUUUCUUUAUGCCGAUCUUUUCAGUCUGUCCUCAUUCUCAGGUUGAUUUCUUGUAAUCGCAGUAGUUGAAUGUAAUUUUCCGAAGUAAAUAUGUGCAUAUGGAGUGUCUUGUGUUGCGUUCCUGAAAUGAAACCAUACAAUUAUGAAGCA